UAAAUUGUUUUGAUUAGGUCCCAUCAACUACAAGCGACGAUGGAUACUAUCACGCCUGCUAAGUCUGAUCCGACGGGUGUUGAACCCCCUGUGGAAAUCCCCCACAAUGAGCCUGUCAUUGAGCCACUCGAUCUACUUGAGGAGUCCGAAGUCCGAACCAAGCUACGUAUCUACGCCAUCUUGCUCGCACUUUAUCUCGUCCUGUUCAUAGCAGCCCUUGAUCAAACUAUCAUCGCUACAUCCAUUCCUAUAAUCUCUGCCUCUCUACAAUCCGCCUCAGGCUAUGUCUGGAUUGGCGGCGCUUACUUACUGGCCAACGCCGCGGCGGGUCCAAUUUGGGCUAGAUGUAGUGACAUUUGGGGUCGGAAGCCUGCUCUCUUAGGGGCAGUCGGCAUCUUUGCUGUCGCUAGUAUAAUUGCGGCAUUAAGUAUUAACAUGCCAAUGUUAAUUGCUGGACGUGCGCUACAGGGCACGGCUGGUGCUGGGUUGUUCCAAUUAGUGACCAUCACUAUCUCGGAUCUUUUUAGCAUGCGAAAACGACCGCUGUAUCUCGGCCUACUAGGCGUUAUGUGGGCCGUGGCUGCGUCUGCUGGUCCCCUAAUUGGCGGCGCGUUCACCGAACUCGUGAAUUGGCGCUGGUGCUUUUGGAUCAAUCUCCCCUCCUGCGGACUCUCAUUCGUGCUCUUGUUGCUUUUUCUAGAUGUGCACAAUCCCCGGACAAAACUGCGCGAUGGCGUCAAAGCUAUCGACUGGUACGGAAUUAUUUCCAUUUUGGCGGUUACUCUACUCCUCCUUCUCGGACUUGACUUCGGAGGUGCGAUAUUUCCUUGGAACAGCCCGAAAGUCAUCUGCCUGAUUGUGUUUGGGGCGUUUAUGAUAGGCUUCUUUCUGUUCAGCGAAAAGCGCCUGGCCAAAUAUCCCCUAAUUCCGCUUGGCAUGUUCAAGAACAGGUCCACCAAUGCAGCUUUCCUUGUUGGCUUCGCGCACAGCAUGGUCUCCAUCGGCGUAGAAUAUUACCUGCCGCUAUAUUUUCAAAGCGUCAAGCAAGCGUCGCCUCUUCGCAGUGGCAUUCUAAUCCUACCAAUGAUUGUUACAGAAGCAGUGGUAGACAUAUUUACCGGCAUUCUAAUUCAUAGGACGGGCCGCUACAGAGAAAUCGCAUGGCUUGGGGCAGCAUUAAUGACGUUGGGUACUGGGCUGUAUAUCAACUUCCGCACGGAAACAUCUAUCGCGAUGAUCGCCGGGUUCGAAAUUGUAGGCGGUAUUGGCAUUGCGCUCUUAUUCCAAGUACCAAUGCUCGCCAUCCAAAAUUCCGUCAGUCAAGCCGAUACUGCGUCAGCCACCGCGAGCUUGGGCUUCAUUCGUAACCUAGCGACAUCAUUAUCAAUUGUGCUUGGCGGUGUGGUUUUUCAGAAUAGCAUGGCUGCCCGCCAAUCGUCUCUGGCCGCCGCUGGUCUCAGUGGACCCGUCCUCAACGCCUUGUCCGGCGAUCAAGCUGCAGCUAACGUAGAAAUUGUCGGAUCCAUCCAAGAUGCCGCGCAGCGCCAAGUCAUACAAGAUGCUUUCGCAGGAAGCCUUAGGAAUAUGUUCAUAAUGUACACCUGCAUAGCGGGGGUUACAAUAGUGCCAAGCCUUUUCAUCAAACAUCGUCACAUGAGCACGGAGCAUACGGAGACGAAGACAGGUAUUCAGCAAUUAACAGAACGUGUGGCUUGAGAGCUGGUAUAGCAUAUAGUCUAGGCAAUAUAGUCGAUGGUGAGAAUUCCGGUUCUUCAGAAGCCUGACUCUAUCAUACGGACCUCCAACUUACGCUAGUUUUUACCAUACGGUCUAAUUACCUAGUCUUCUAACCACACACCUAGACAUGAAAAGAGGGAAGGGAAAGGGAAGAAAAAUAAAGAUACCUGCGUGGUUUCACUACAUAAAAUCCGCUAGAUCUAGUUAAAGACCAUGUACCUAAGUCUCAGCUGGUCUGUUCCCCUUGGCUAGAGCACGUAGCAACAGGUGACCUAGUACUCUUGAGUUCUAACGAGACCACUUGCAAUUAAUAAU